GUGGUGGUACCCACAGGAGACCCACAUCACCGCCUCCCCAACAUCCACCUCUUUUACUUCAGCUACAAUGUCUGCGAAACUACUAUCUGUGAACAACACCGUCUUCAAAUGCUUGAAAACUCUUUCGGCACGAGGGUUUAGCAGUGGAGCUGCUUCCCUCGGUUCAGUUAAUUUAAAGGGUCGCAGCUGUCUCUCUCUGAAAGACUUCAGCUCAGAUGAAAUCAAGAGGCUGUUGUGGGUGUCAGGGGAUCUGAAACAUCGGAUCAAGCACGAAAAACAGUAUCUUCCUCUGCUGCAAGGAAAGUCGAUUGCAAUGAUAUUUGAGAAGAGGAGCACCAGAACAAGAAUGUCCACAGAAACAGGUUUUGCUCUGCUGGGUGGGCACCCCUGUUUCCUCACUUCUCAGGACAUCCACCUUGGAGUGAAUGAGAGUAGCACGGACACAGCCAGGGUUCUCUCAGGGCUCUGCGAUAUUGUCUUGGCACGAGUGUACAGCCACUCCACGCUGGAGGAGCUGGAUAAAGAGGCCACCAUCCCCAUCAUUAACGGCCUGUCGGACCUCUACCACCCAAUCCAGAUUCUGGCUGACUUCCUCACCUUACAGGAGCAUUACGGGUCCCUUAAUGGACUAACAGUGAGCUGGAUUGGAGAUGGGAACAACGUCCUCCACUCCUUCAUGAUGACUGCAGCUAAAUUGGGAGUUCAUCUUAAGAUUGCUACACCAAAGGGGUAUGAGCCAGAAAGGAGUGUUAUUCAAGAGGCACAGAGACUCUCCAAAGAACAUGGGACCCAGCUUGUUCUGACCUCUGACCCGAUGGAGGCCGCCCACGGCAGCAAUGUUUUGGUCACUGACACCUGGGUGAGCAUGGGACAGGAGGAGGAGAAGAAAAAGAGGAUGAAAGACUUUAAAGGUUACCAGAUUACAAUGCAGACAGGAAGUGUUGCCAAACCAGACUGGACCUUCCUGCAUUGUCUGCCCCGCAAAAUGGAGGAGGUGGAUGACCAGGUGUUCUACUCAUCCCGCUCCCUCGUCUUCUCCGAGGCAGAGAAUAGAAAGUGGACAAUCAUGGGUCUGAUGGUGUCUCUUCUGACUGACUACACUCCACAGAUCCCCAUGCUCAAGUUUUAACUUUACCAUAAAGGUGGAGUUUUACUUGCUCAUCAUGAAGUAUGACAGUCUUAUUGCAUGUGCCUCUGCAUCGGUCAAUGUCUGAUUUCACCCACUGAUAGCACCAUCACAACACUCGAUGUUCAAUUCUAAGCCAAAAAUGUAUGUUUACAUUCUACCUUUACUGGUAUAGAGAACGAGGAUUGUUGCGAGCCUAAGUUUUACAGACCUGUUCCUGAAAAGGAAAAGAUUACCGCUCCUUUCUUCAACUCGUUUAACAUUUUACAUUCUUGCAGUAUCCACAUGGUGUUUACGUAGCCGCUGCCCCGACAUGUUGUUGUAAUAUUUUUUUGAGGGAACGUAUAUCAGUCGCUGUGCAUAAGCCCAUUAAAUGAACAACUAUAUACAUUUGUCCUUACUGCCAAAAAGAUACCAUGAUAUAACCACAACGUCUCCGGUUUGUUGCAUGUCAAAACCUUCUCUCUUCCAUCCAUGUCACUUCUCUGUUUCUACUGUAUACUAUCUACUAAAAGCUAAAUGGCAGAAACAUACUCUUGAAAAAGGCAUUGUGUGGCAUAACAAUUGUCAGUGCAGAUUGGUUUUAAAAGGCAAUAUAGUAGUACCAUGCAAUGUGGUUAAAAAUCUAGUAAAUGGACAAAAACACAGGUGUUGUAGAAGCAGGUGAACAUUGUGUUGUACUACUCAACCCUCAUGGUUCAAUGUGAUUUUGAUAUCCUUUUCUCAAAGUCUGAAUGUACACAAAUGUGCCUUUUACAUCAUGCUCUUCACUUUUAUAAAGACCGCUCUGAGUGUUGUGUGAUGCACUGAUGAUGAAACCGAGAGGGUCAAAUCCUUGUUCACAAACUAUAAAUAUAGUCAUUACACUUUAUUCAUAAUGUUAGUCCACAGUCUACAAUAGUUUUUGUUACUGUGGAGGCUCAACAGUGUUUUAAAUCCAGGCUUUAUAUAAUCAUAUUCAGUAUGGUCCUCUGAAAAGUACACUUACAGGUAGUUACUGGUACUUACAGAAUCAGUUUAAAGUUUAAUUUAAUUCUUUUGAGAAAAACAAACCGAAAAAAGAAAUACUUCGACCCUACUAAAUAUCGGAGGUAAUUAUUGUACUUUUUACUCAACUACAUUUGUUUGACGCUUAUAGUUACUGUUUACAUUUAAAAAUAUACUAUAUGAAACAUUACUAUACUAGUUAUCUACACAAUAUCGAAAUCAUGUAGAAUUGACAAACUAAAUGAUGCUCUUACAUGUAUUCGUUAGUGAUGAAAACAAUAUAUUAUUCAAAAAAUAUAUAACAUUGUGAAAGGAGCCAUUUUGCUCAUUAAUUAAUGUGAUACUUUUAAGUACAUUUUGCUGAUAAUACUUAUGUACUUUUACUUGAGUAACGUUUAGAAUUUAGGGACUUUUAAUAGUAGUGGAUUCAUUAGACACUGGUAUUUCUAAUUAUACUUAUAGGUAAAAUAUCUGAAUAUUUCUUCCACCACUGCUAGCAGGAUGUUGUUUAUCAUAAUUCAGUUUUUCUGUUUGGCAUAUUUUUUAACAAACAUAUUCCUGUUGACAUAUUGAUUACUUUGGUGACAUUUUCUCACAUCUUUUAUUUUUAGCACUUUAGACUAGAAGUCUCGUUGUUGCAGGGACCCCCUUUGGAGCAGAGUUUGGGAUUGGGAUGUUUACUUCCACAUGGAUAUUACUAGUUUUACUCACCACCUGUCGGCUCGGCCGCAUGGUUUAAGGCAGUGAUUCUUAACCAUGGGGCUGCGGCCCACGA